UUUCAAGCUAUUCGUGGGCAAGAGCUGUUUCAGCCUACAUGAAUGAAUCCUUGACCACAAAAGCAAUAGCAAAAGCAAAGAAGGGAGGAGAAGCCUCUAUAGGAGCUGUUUCGGGUUGCACUAUCCUAAUAUUGUUUCUACUGUGUGAGAGGACAAACAUCAUACAACCAAUCCUUGGCAAGGAGAAAGAAACUCCUGCCAUUCUUAAAUGGAGUCUUGUGGAACUCCACACAAGAUUCAACCAAAUAAAGGACUUGAAUGACAUCGAGGUUAUUGAGGCCUAUAUCCAAAUAGAGGAGGAUAAAAUAGACCCCAUGCAGACAGGGAGUCCACAGUACAUGUCCACAUGGACUUGGGCUUACAUGCAAAGCUUCGAAGAGCCAUUUUGGCACAGGGCCCUGUAUGAACACUUACUUGAAAAACUUGGGAAAUGCAGUGUUCUUUUCUUCCCGAUUAUUUCAAAAGAAGAGUUCCACUUCACACUUCUCACAUUUCACAAAAAUGAACGAAAGUGGAGACACUACAAUCCACUUAGAUCGUUGGGACAUAGAAAAGAAGAAAGGUGCAUUGACAUUGCUCGAAACUUUGUUAAUAUUGUUGAAGGGUGGCUAGAAUAUAUAAGACCUCAAGCACGAGUGUUCAUAGAAACUAAAAAAAAACCAACAAUUGUGAAGCAAAAGGACGGGCCCCCAACACUUGUACAAAAAGAUUUGACUCCAACUGAAGAACUCACUCUCAAAUGGAUUAUGCAAAAUCCAUUGCAGUUUCCAUUUGAGGAUGACAUGGAAUGUGCUCAACAAACUGUAUCUUCAUUGGAUUGCGGCAUGUUCGUCAUGUUCUAUAUGGAUAAAAUAGCACAAGGACAGCCCAUUCCAAAAAGCGUGGACAAGAAAUUCAUGAAUGAAUAUCGAGCACAAUAUGUCACAAAACUCCUACACCACAAAAACUGUGUAAUUAAUCGUCUCUAGUGAUUUGCCUUUCGUUAAC